AGUACGACAAACAGACGAGGUUCUCUUUCGAGUCCCGUGUGACAGAAGCUGUGUGGGAGAGGAGAGAGACCGUGCAAGUCUUUCAGACAAGCAACACUACUCAGACACAUGCUCAUGUGCCUCUUCUUUUUGUCCUCAUGGUUCCUGAUGAUCUCCCCUCCCGACUCAUGAAACAAAAAAAAAUUGCCCCAUUCAUCAUCAUGUCAUCGUGCCUAUAAUUGAACAAAGUUUGUCCCUUCUCUAGUUGUCGUCUGGCAGUGCAAUCGUGAUUAAGAUGGCUGAGAGUUUAGCUUCAAAUGCUGCUCUUGAAGUGUCGGUUUCGUUCGGUAGGUUCGAGAAUGAUUCGCUCUCUUGGGAGAAGUGGUCGUCUUUUUCGCCGAAUAAGUACUUGGAAGAGGUUGAGAAGUGUGCAACUCCCGGAUCAGUUGCCCAGAAGAAAGCCUACUUUGAAGCUCAUUACAAGAAGAUUGCUGCCCGAAAGGCAGAGCUGCUGAAUCAGGAGAAGCAGAUGGAGAAUGGCUCUUCCGGAUCGGAUGACCCAAAAUGCAAAGAUCCGGGGAGUGAAAUUGAUGAGCCCGUUUUUGAGAUUGGUGGGUCGAAGGAUGAGAACUUGGGUCCGGUAAUUGAGCAAGUCAAGGACUCGGUGGGUGACGUGGGUCAACGAUCUCUUGAACAGCAAAUUCAUGAUGCUGUGGCUGCAGUGGAAGAAGACCAAAUCUUGCCGGUCGAGGGAGUUACAGAAGAACCAGAUUCAAGCCGCAGCGUACACGGCCUAAGCUUGGAAAAGCUAGAAGAUGAUGAAUUUGUGAAGGAGGUAGUACAAGAAGUUCCGAUUGGAUCUUCAGAAGCGAAGCAACUUCAGCAAAAUCUUAAGAAUGACACGGUCAAGACUGAAAAGGUUCUACAGGAAAAUGUGAAAUUGAAUCGGAUCAGGAAACCUCAAAAGAUUAAUCCAGUCAAUAAGGAGAGAAACACGGCGAAAACAAAGGGAAUGACCGGUUCGCCAGUUGUCAAGUCGUCGUCCAAAGCAUCUGCCCUGAGGUUAUCUAAGCCAACUUCCGCUUCUGCUGCAAAAUCUGCAGCAAAGCCUUCGGCAAAGAAGGAAACAGUCCCGACGUUACCCCGGAAGAAGAACCCUCUCAAUGUAGAGAUCAAGAAAGUUCCUUCUAAAUCACUGAACGUGUCCAUUAGUUCAGAUUUCACAAAUUUCAAUCGAUCUGACAUCUCCACGUCGAGGAAAUCUCUAAUUAUGGAAAAAAUGGGCGAUAAGGACAUUGUUAAACGGGCAUUCAAGACUUUUCAGGGCAGUCUGGCACUGUCGAAAUCAUUCUGUGGAGAGAGAUCUUCCGUGCCAAAGCCAGCCCCUUCACUGGUGACUGAAGCAAGGGAUCCUAAUUCUGCGACUGAACAGAAAGGCAAAGAAGGGCAAACCAAAGCUGGAAGUGUGGGUAAAAAGGUUCCUAAGAUCCUCCCGUCUUCUUUUGGGUUGAGAAGUGAUGGACGGGCAGAGAAGAGGAAAGAGUUUAGGAAGAACCUGGAGGAGAAAUCUACUUUCAAGGAAGUAGAGAAAGCACCCCUUCAAUCAAAACCAAAGCUGAGUGAUUCUGUCCAGGAAAAAAGGGAUGAGGAGAUGAAAAAAUUAAGGCAAAGUCUCAAUUUCAAGGCUACACCCUUGCCGGCUUUUUACCUGGGGCAAACUAAAUCAAAGAGCUGUCUUGCUAAGGAAGGUUACAAGAGUGAAACUCGUGGUCGAGAAAAGUUGAUUUGGGAAGGGCGACAAGCUCUCCAUGAACAGAUGAUUGGAUAGAGAGACUGAAAGGUGUGUUACUGAUAUGAAGCUUGGACUUGUCAAGCAAAAAGGAAAUAUGUCUGAACAAGUUGGACCGAUGCCCUGACUCAGUUAUCCAAUGUUGAGUCGAGGGUGAGUGGCGGAUUGUACAUAGGAAUAUCUAGAGCAGAUAAUAAUAUAAGCCAAUGUCGAUAAGUCGGUCUGUCUCAAUAAUUUAAUGAAGUCAAGGUUUCGCUCUCUUUCUAGUGUCAUUAGUCACAUUACAUGUCUGUAGUUAAUCAUGAAAUUAUAUGCGCCGAGCUAGUGAAAUUUGAUGUUUAUAUGAUAUCAAUUAUGAAAGAUUUCUUCUCAUGAUCUUGAUUCGA